AUUAGUCUAAAAAUGUUUGCUCAAAAUGCUUUAAGCUGGAACAAACAAGCCUAUUUAGGAGCAUGUAGUUUCUGCAAACAAGUGAUCGCAUUGAGUAUAAAAAAGGGACACAGAUUUCCAUUCCGCAAAAAUGAAUUUCUCAAGCGAGAAACGCAUAUCUGACCAAAAUGAAACCAAAUCCAUUUCAGAAGGUAAACUUAAAGUUCAAGAGAUGGCGAUUACCAAAAACAACCCAGAAUUGCGUUUGCAAGGAAAUGAGAACAAACGGGCUAAUUUAAAAAACAAAGGAGAUUAUUCCGGAAAUAUUGAGGAAGAUCGGCAUCAAAAAAUGGCUAAGCUUAAAAGACUAAAAAAAAUGGAAAAAGCACUAACAAAGCUAUGCAAAGAAUGGUAUGCCGAAAGGCUUGAGUGCGAUAAAAUGUACAAUUCUCAAGAUUACUUACCAACUAAUUGUGUAUUAAGAGAUGAAAAUAUACCAGCAACUAGUCAACAACAAGCGAAAGUGGAGAGUUCCAAUACCGAAGCGAAAGAAAACGGAGGUCCCUUAAGCCAAAUCAAAUACAAAGACAAUUCAACAGUCCGUGACAUUAAUAAUUCCACUUUGGAUGGUGAAGAUCAAUUUGCAAGUAAAAUCUUAAGCCAGAUAAGACAAGCGUCGGUUAGACUUAAUAACGAAGUCAUAGCGCAGCUAAAUCAUUCAUCAACAUCGUCUCCAAAAAAUAUAAAAAAUGGUAUCCUUUAUAAUUCGACUUCAGAAGGAGACAAACGAGUUGCAAGUGAAACACCACUGAUGAUAAGUAAUCAAGAUCAAACUGAAAAUAAAUCGAUUGAAGAUGAAUGGCCCAAAAGGAAAAAUAACAAUAGUGAUAGCAGACGUGAGGCAAUAAAACGUAAGAGAGUAUACCCAAAACCAUCGAAUUUCACCGAAUAUCUCUACGAAAUUCUUAAGGGUCGUAGAGGCAUCUCCACCUCCUACAACGCCCGUAGCUCUGAAAAACCGCACAAUAAUAGACGUAAAGUUAAUAAAUCUAGUAGAAAAGAGUUAGGAGGAGAUGUUUAUAUUUCGCCGGAUUUGCCUAAGCGAGGACUAGGUGCAAAUGCUAUACGUAAGGAACGAAGGAUUGAGUCCGAGAAAUAUAAAAGCACUCACAACAAAAAAUCAGACUGAACAGGCUUAAAUACAAGUGCAGAUGAAUCAAGAAAUCGACAUAAAAUUCCAAAAUGAGAACCAAAUCGAACAAUUUUAAACAUAAUUAAUAAAAUCAAUCAAAUGCAGGAAA